UCACUGCACACAUGUAAAUAUACAAUUGUCAAUUGUGCAUUUUUUUAAGUUUGUUUUUAAUCUUGUCGAAUAUUUAUUUGUCAUGAAUUAAAGUUCAUACAUGGAAUAAAACACAACUUAUUGGUGCUAGUUUUGUAUCAUAAAAAUAUUGUAUAACUCAUGUCAAUGUUUGGUCCUGCUCAAAUAAACAGGUAGCAAUGAAUCCUACUAUUGCAAAGAAGAUCACACAAUUUGAACGGUUUAUCAAUGAUGUUCUCAAGGCUGAUUUAGCGAAAUUAGCUCAAAAGUUAGAUGAAAAAAAUUCAGAAGUUGCUGAAUUUAUUCAGCUAAAAAGUUUCAUUACGACAUUGAAAACGACUGGUACGAGUGAAAGUGGCUUUAAAACUAAGGUUGAUCUUGGAAACAAUUUUUUUAUCCAAGCUCAUGUAGAAGAUGCCACUCACAUUCUUCUUGAUGUUGGUUUAGGCUAUUUUGUUGAAUUUAGUCUAGAUGAAGCUACUGCUCUCAUUGAUGUAAGAAUAAAACUUUUUGAAUCUCAAAUUGCCAAUCUUAGAAAAGAAAUUGCUAAGACAAAUGCUCAUAUUAAGGUGUUAAUAAUUGGAAUCAAUGACUUAAGAAACGCCAAAACGUGAUCAUAAUUGCAAUUAAUAAUAUUAACUUGUACAUCAGUAUGUUAAUGAUAAUCAUAUUUUUUAUUUUGUAUGUAUCAUGUACGCAAAGUCAAUAUAUUUUAUAGAACAAGUUGUAUUUGU